AUGGAGAAUAUCAAAUAUAACAAUGACAUCAACAUCUAUCGGAGCAAACUCAAAGGUGUUAGCAAGAUCAAUCAGAAAAUCCUCAGAACAAUGACAGUCAAGAUCAAGAACUCUGAUAUAGAUGGCAACUUUGAUAACAAUCAAAAUCAAGAAUCUGUGUUUGUAGUUCUAAACAUUUCUGAGUCAAAUGUUAUUAUCUCAACCCAAGUCAGAGAUCAGAAGGAUGGAAGGAGAAUGAACAGUGAUGAGAUUCGACAACAAAAGCUGUGGGAUAUGGAACUGUUUGAAUCUACAAUGACCAACAAUCUCGGCAAGCAGUUCAGAGUGAUUCUUAGAAAUGCUGCCAAACCAGCAGAACCUGCGAGAAUAUCCCAAUCAGAACCUACUAAGAUAUCAAAAUCAUCAACUACUUCUUCAUACACCUCAAAAAGCUCUACUGCUUCCUCCAAGAUUUGGCAUCAACGCCUAGAACAUUCCUCGAUGAGAGCAGUUGAACAUCUGCCAAUCGAUGCCAAAGGGGUUCAGAUAUCAGAUAUCAAAGAUAUCGCAAAGAACAUUGAUAUUGAAGACAAAGAACUCUGCGAACCUUGCCAUCUUGCCAAAGCAAAGAAUCAAAUAUCUCACCGUCCCCAUAUACGAUCUAAACUACCCUUCGAACGACUCCAUGCAGAUAUUGUACAAGGACCUUCCUACUGCUACAACGGAGAACGAUGGCUCAUACAUUUUGUAUGUGAUUAUCUUCGUUUCCAUAUCACAGUAACAGCCUUGAGAAAACCUGAUAUAAGGAAAGCUUUCGACAAGGUUUUAAGGUGGAUUAAACGCCAAUUUGAUUGUGAAACAAAGGUCAUACGAAUCGACAAUGAGAGAGCUAUCAAAGAAUCUGAUAUCUUUAAGGACUGGGUAAUCGAGCUGGGCCUAGAGAUCGAAUACUCCUCGGAAUAUAUCCAUGAGCAGAACGGUGCUGCUGAACGGGCAGGUGCUAUCAUAACCACUAGAGCAAGGGCUCUUAGAAUAGAAUCCUUGUUGCCCCAAUCACUGUUCCCUGAGAUAGCAACCGCUGCCGUUUACUUGCUGAAUAGGACCCCUACCAAGAUACUAGGAUGGAAAUCGCCACUCCGAGCACUAGAAGAAUAUCUUCAUAUUGACCACCAUUCUUGUGCUCACUUACAUGCCUACGGAUGUCGAGCAUACGCUAAGAUCCCCAAUGAGAUCCUCAAUCGAAAUCGAUCACAGAAGCUCGAUCCCAGAGCUCAUAUUGGAUAUCUUGUGGGAUAUGAUUCUACAAACAUCUUUAGGAUUUGGAUUCCUCACCUAGAUAGGGUGAUAAGGACAAGGGAUGUUAUAUUCAAUGAAAAUAGACGAUAUAACCCAGAUGAACCUCACAUUGAAAAACAGCUGCGAGAUUGGGUUGUUCAAGAGGUCGAGUUCUUGGAUAUUGAAGUACAAGAACCAAGGGUUGGCACUCCUCAAUAA